AUGGAUACAACAUUAAAUAUUACCAAUAUGCUAAUGAAAGACACUACACCGGAAUUAAUAAACAGAUCAUUUGCACCAAGAAAAAACGAUCCACUCUCAAUGUCAUGUCCACCGAUUUCUUCUUCUAGUAAAUUAAAUCAAUUCAAAUAUUCACCAACAUCCUUUAAUAAAAAUAAUACAUCAAUACAGAGUGAUACAGGAAGCGAGAUUGACAUAUCCCCCUCACCGCAUAAUCACUCAUAUGAUUCGAAUACUUCAAAGCCGAGUGACGUUGUCACUUUGAACCAGGAGGUAAUUUCAACACCUCAACAAGCCGAGCAAAAUCAAUUAUGCUUAUAUCAUACACCAUGUCAAUAUCGAACCCCAGAUUAUCAUCCUAUCAACUACAAUGACAGGAUACAAAGAGAUGGGCUAAAAUCUAAUUCGUCUUCUUCUGUAUCCCUACCAGCAACAGACUACUAUAGUACUCCAAAAACCGCGCACAAUUAUCUCUGUUAUACAAAAGGUAUAAAUUCACAAAAUAAUGGUAGUAAUAGUAGUAGUAGUAGUAGUAUAGUAACCACCCAGAGUAUAUUAACACCAGUAAUGAAUUCAAAUGAACAACAUAAAUUUAAAAUUCCCAGUUAUUCGGUUGUUUUAAAAUCAAGUCAAACAAAUAAAUCCAGAAUGAAAUUUAAUUCUUUUACACCAACGGAAACAAUAACGCGGUCAGAUAAUACUAAUACUAAUCUGCGUAAAAGACUAAUUCAGCAUUCAAUAAAUCAUGGCGUCGACGACAGUCAAUGGGAUGAAAGUCAAGAGAGUUCAAUUCAAGAAAAACUGCAACAACAAGACCAACAUUUGUGUAAUGAUACACAAAUAUUCCAAGAAACAGAGACUGAAAUUUCAAUAGAUUAUAGUUUGAUAAAUGAUGGUUGGAGUGAAUUAGCUUGUCUAAUAAGGAUAAGUAAAUUAGGUUUAUUGGACAUUGAUCAUACACUGAACGAUGAAGAUAGUGUUGCAGAUUCUUCCAAGUCGACAGAAAAAACUAACGAUUGUAUUCCUACGCUGGAAGAAGAAAAUCCUAGCCAUAAACGUGUAUGCUAUAGCGCACCACCUACACCGAAUCCUAGACUAGUGAAUAUUGAAAACAUGAAUUUCUACGAAACACCACCGGCUCAGUCUACCACCACCACGGAAGAAUAA